AUGGCUGGCACACGCGACACAAGCUGCUCUACCUGCGACUGGCAAACACGCUUACAAACAGAUCUUCAGGUCCACUCUGUGUCCGAAACGAUGCUUGAGGUGCUUUGUAGAGAUCUGGUUCUGAUGCUCCUGCUGUCGCAGGUUCAAUCAGAGCACGUGUUUGUGUCGUUUGUGCAGUCAGCAGUGUGUUUAAUGAAAGGAGAGCGCAGCGGCGUCCUGGCCUCCGUCAGCAUGUGCUUUUACAAUGGUCCAAUGGUGCCUGCUCGAAUCUCAGACUUUCUGAUGGACAUCUCAGCAUGGAUGAAAGAACAUCACCUGCAGCUCAACCUGGCAAAGAAAGAUCUUCCCAGCCUCCCCAUCAGUACAGCACCAGUUUACCAUCCAACUGGGCUCAUCAAUGAUAAUCCCAUCGUGUUCAGCCAGGAAUCUUGGGAACAGCCACGGGCUCACACCCUCCUACCUCUGCUCUCUCCUAUGCGUCUGCAUCCCCUCCAGAAGCCUUUGGUCGGUAAACAAGCGGCAGCUCGUGGUCCCAUCGCAGAGAGGCACAAAACCACUGUCUUUUACUGCACCCUAGAGGCACAAAACCACUGUCUUUUACCGCACCCUGUUGGUGGAAUGACCUACAUAACUCCAUCCGGACAGCUGAAUCCCUCACAAUCUUCAAGAAACAACUCAAAACUCAUCUCUUCCUAUGUUCCUCCAGAUCUGUGCAUCUGUAGUUUUGUGCUGGAGCAGUCGCUGUCUGUCCGCGCGCUGCAGGAGAUGCUCGCCAAAACCGGACAAAACAACGACCAGUUCAUUAGAAAGGCGGCUCAGAGCGGAGGACACCGGACGUUACUGUACGGUCACGCUGUGCUCCUCAGACACUCCUUCAGCAGGAUGUAUCUGACCUGUUUGAAGACGUCGCGCUCGAUGACGGAUAAACUGUCGUUCGAUGUGGGACUUCAGGAAGACUCGACAGGUGAGGCCUGCUGGUGGACCAUUCAUCCCGCGUCUAAACAGAGAUCAGAGGGGGAGAAGGUGCGUAUCGGAGAUGAUCUCAUACUCGUCAGCGUCUCAUCGGAGCGAUAUCUGCAUCUGUCUAUAUCCAACGGCAGCAUCCAGGUGGAUGCAUCCUUCAUGCAAACGCUAUGGAACGUCCAUCCCACCUGUUCAGGGAGCAACGUGGAGGAAGGAUACCUUCUUGGCGGUCAUGUGAUGCGUCUCUUUCACGGGCACGACGAGGUUCUGACGAUCCCGGGAUCUGAUCAGAGUGAAGAAGAGCAGAGAUUGGUGAACUAUGAGACGGGUAAAGCCGGAGCAAAAGCCCGAUCUCUCUGGAGGCUGGAGCCGUUACGCAUCAGUUGGUGUGGCAGUCACAUCCGCUGGGGUCAGCCGUUCCGUCUGCGUCACCUGACCACCGGUCACUAUCUGGCGCUUACGGAGGACCGAGGCGUCGUGCUGCAGGACAGAGAGAGAUCAGACACCACGUUCACAGCCUUCUGCUUCAGAGCCUCCAAGGUGUGUCUUCAUUCAGAAGGACACAUGGAUGAUGGUUUGACGUUACAGCGCUGUCAACACGAGGAGUCGAGAGCCGCUCGAAUCAUCCGCAACACCACGCGACUCUUCAGCUGCUUCAUCAGAGAGCUCGACGGUUUGAGCGCCAAGAACCGCUCGUCUGUGGUUCUGCCCAUCGACGAGGUUCUCCAGACGCUCAACGACCUGAUCGCGUACUUCAGACUUCCCGAUGCCGAGCUGGAGCACGAGAAGAAACAGAUCAAGCUGCGCUCCCUGAAGAACCGACAGAACCUCUUCAAGCAGGAGGGCAUGCUGUCUCUGGUGUCCAGCUGCAUCGACCGCUUGAGCGUUUAUAACAGCGCGGCUCAUUUCGGUGAGUGUGCGAGUGAAGAGGCCGGAGGCGCGUGGAAGGACAUUCUUAACCUGCUCUACGAGCUGCUGGGUAAGAACCUGAACCAGAACCAGAACCUGAACCUGAACCUGAACCAGAACCUGAACCUGAACCUGAACGAACAUUCACUGCCAAUUCCAGAAGCUCUGAACAUCAUCCAGAGAGGACACAUCAAGACCAUCAUCUCUCUGCUCUACAAACACGGACGCAACCACAAGCGUCAGGAAAAACAUGUAAAUCUUCCGCCCGGAUCGUCUCUUGCCGUCUCAGGGAUCUUGGAGGUUCUUCACUGUAUUCUGAUUGAAAGUCCAGAAGCUCUGAACAUCAUCCAGAGGGGACACAUCAAGACCAUCAUCUCUCUGCUCUACAAACACGGACGCAACCACAAGGUCAGUCUGUCGCCUGCGACUCUCCUCGAGGAGUUUGGCAUGAGGCCCAAUAUCUUCGUGGGAGUCAGCGAAGGCUCGGCCCAGUACAGGAAGUGGUAUUUUGAGCUGGUGAUUGAUCAUGUGGAUCACUUCCUGACGGCCGAGCCGUCGCACCUGCGGGUGGGCUGGGCGUCCACUAAAGGUUACGCUCCCUACCCGGGCGGCGGAGAGGGCUGGGGAGGCAACGGCGUCGGGGACGAUCUCUACUCCUACGGCUUCGAUGGACUGCACCUGUGGUCAGGACGUAUCCCGAGGACGGUGGCGUCUAUGAAGCAGCAUCUGCUGGCGUCUGAUGACGUGGUGAGCUGCUGCAUGGAUCUGAAUGCUCCCAGCAUCUCCUUCAGGAUCAACGGGCAGCCGGUGCAGGGCAUGUUCGAGAACUUCAACAUCGACGAGCUCUUCUUCCCCGUCGUCAGCUUCUCCGCCGGCGUCAAGGUGCGCUUCCUGUUGGGCGGUCGUCACGGAGACUUCAAGUUCCUGCCGCCGUCGGGUUACGCGCCGUGUUACGAGGCUCUGCUGCCCAAAGAGAAGAUGAGGGUCGAGCCGGUCAAAGAAUACAAGAGAGACGCAGACGGAGUGAGAGACUUACUGGGAAACACACACUUCAUGUCACAGACCUCCUUCAUACCCAAACCUGUGGACACGUCUCAGAUCGGGAUGCCUCCUCAUCUGGAGAAGGUUCGAGAUCGUCUGGCGGAGAACAUCCAUGAGCUCUGGGGAAUGAACAAGAUCGAGCUGGGCUGGUGCUACGGGAAGGUAUCGCUCCGACAGUCACACAAACACACGCUGAUUUCAAGAAGUUGUGUAUCACGUGACCUGUGCUCGUCGACUCUGCUGGCGUUGGGCUGUCAUGUGGUCCAGGUGAAGGUCAACGCUGAAGAGGAGCUGAAGAAGCUCAAGCUCCCUAAGAAUUAUAUGAUGUCUAACGGCUAUAAGCCGUCGCCGCUGGAUCUGUCAGACGUCAAACUGAGCGCCGCUCAAGAGCUGCUGGUGGACAAACUGGCAGAAAACGCUCACAACGUCUGGGCCAAAGACCGCAUCAAACAGGGCUGGACCUACGGCAUCCAGCAGGUGAGAGAGGAUGCUGGGAUAUCACUCACAGCGACACGUCACGUGGUGGAGCGGCUGAGCAUCGAUAAGAUCCGUUUCUUCCGUGUGGAGCGCACGUAUGCGGUGAAGAUGGGCCGGUGGUAUUUCGAGUUCGAGGCGGUGACGGGUGGAGACAUGCGGGUGGGCUGGGCUCGGCCCGGCUGCAAACCCGACGUGGAGCUGGGAACGGACGAGCAGGCCUACGUCUUCGACGGUCAUCGGGUGAGUGGGGAAACGCUGAAACCCGUCAGACCUCUUCUGACUACCGGAAAUGGAGAAAGCUUGGGUCACGUGGUGGAGCGGCUGAGCAUCGAUAAGAUCCGUUUCUUCCGUGUGGAGCGCACGUAUGCGGUGAAGAUGGGCCGGUGGUAUUUCGAGUUCGAGGCGGUGACGGGUGGAGACAUGCGGGUGGGCUGGGCUCGGCCCGGCUGCAAACCCGACGUGGAGCUGGGAACGGACGAGCAGGCCUACGUCUUCGACGGUCAUCGGGGUCAUCGGCUCCACACGGGCAGCCGUCUGUUCGGCCGCUGCUGGCACGCCGGGGAUGUCGUGGGUUGUAUGAUCAACUUGGAGGACAAAUCCAUGAUCUUCACCCUGAACGGAGAAAUCCUGAUCACCAACAAGGGCUCCGAGCUGUGCUUCGCUGACUUUGACAUUGACGACGGUUUCAUCCCGGUCUGUAGUUUGGGUCUGUCUCAGGUGGGCCGUAUGAAUCUGGGGAAGGACGCCAGCACCUUUAAGUACUACACCAUGUGCGGCCUGCAGGAGGGCUUCGAGCCCUUCGCCGUCAACAUGAACCGCGAGGUGACCAUGUGGUUCAGCAAACGCCUGCCCACCUUCUGCAACGUGCCCAAAGACCACCAUCACAUCGCGGUCACUCGGAUCGACGGGACGGUGGACAGUCCGCCGUGUCUCAAAGUCACCCAUAAGACGUUCGGGACGCAGAACAGUAACGCUGACAUGGUGUUCUGCAGACUCAGCAUGCCGGUGGAGUUUCACUCCAGCUUCAGGAGCAGCUCUUGCACGCACAUCAACGGACUGAGUGAGGACGAGCCGCUUAAGCUCAGACACAGGCAUCCAGUGAAGUCCACCAAACACUCGGAUGAAGGCAGGAGAACAGAUUACAGCAGCAUCAGCACAUACUAUCAUUCGGUCAGGAUAUUUGCGGGUCAGGACCCAUCCUGCGUGUGGGUCGGAUGGGUCUCCCCUGACUACCAUUACUAUAGCAACCACUUCAGCCUCAGCAAGAACCGCACAGUGACCAUUACCCUGGGAGACGAGCGGGGCCGCGUGCACGAGAGCAUGAAGAGGAGUAACUGUUACAUGGUGUGGGGUGGAGACGUCACCAGCGCCGCCCACGCGUCCGGCCGCAGCAACGUGGAUUUAGAGAUCGGAUGCCUCAUCGAUUUGGCUAUGGGUCUGUUAGCGUUCACCGUCAAUGGCAAAGAGCUUCCCACAUCCUACCAGGUGGAGCCCAGCACAAAACUCUUUCCUGCUGUGUUUGUGCGGCCCACAAGCUCAAGUCUCUUCCAGUUUGAACUGGCCAAAAUCAAGAACGCCAUGCCCAUCUCGUCGGCCAUCUUUAAGAGCGAACACAAGAAUCCCGUUCCUCAGUGUCCUCCACGACUGGACGUCCAGACCAUUAACUCGGUGCUGUGGAGCCGAAUGCCCAACACCUUCCUGAAGGUGGAGAUGGCCCGUGUCAGCGAGAGGCACGGAUGGAUGGUCCAGUGUGUGGAAGCGCUGCAGAUGCUGGCUGUACACAUCCCCGAGGAGAACCGGUGUGUGGACAUCAUGGAGCUGUCGGAGCAGGAGGAGCUGCGUAAGUUCCACUAUCACACGCUGAAGCUGUACUGCGCUCUGUGUGCUCACGGGAACACGCGUGUGGCUCACGCGCUCUGCAGCCACCUCGACCAAUCGCAGCUGCUCUACGCCAUCGACAACCAGUACCUGUCGGGGAUGCUGCGCGAGGGCUUUUACGACGUCCUCAUCAGCGUGCACCUGGAGACGGCCAGAGCUGCCCGCCGCAUGAUGAACAACGAGUUCAUCAUCCCCGUCACGGCCGAGACGCGCAGCAUCCGCCUCUUCCCCGACGCCUCCAAACAGCACCGGCCUCCAGGCGUCGGGCUCAGCACGUGCCUCAAACCCAGACUCAGCUUCGGCCCGCCGUGCUUCAUCAGCAGCAAGCGCGAGCAACACCUGUACAGCCCAGAGAUCCCGCUGGAGGUGCUGAAGGAGAGGGCCAUCCGCAUGCUGACGGAGGCUGUGCAGGGCGGAGGAGACCACAUCCGCGACCCCGUGGGCGGAAGCGUGGAGUUCCAGUUCGUGCCGAUUCUGCGGCUCAUCGGCGCACUGCUCACGAUGGGAGUCCUGACCAGCCGCGACGUGCACAAGAUCCUGCUGCUCAUCGAGCCCGGAGUGUUCGGCGAGCACAGGGACGACGGCGCCAAAGAGGGGCUGACGGGAGCCGAGGAGAAGGCGGUGGAGGCCGGAGAGGAGGAGGAGGCCAGAGAUGGGAAAGAGCUGGUGAAGAGUCUGCUGGAGAAGAAACUCCCCGAGUCUGUCAAACGACAGAUGUGUGAGCUGCUGCACUAUUUCUGCGACUGUGAGCUGAGGCAUCGCGUCGAGGCCAUCGUCUCGUUCUCCGACAGCUUCGUCUCUAAGCUGCAGGUCAAUCAGAAGUUCCGCUAUAACGAGCUGAUGCUGGCGCUCAACAUGUCGGCCGCCGUCACCGCCAAAAAGACCAGAGAGUUUCGCUCGCCGCCGCAGGAACAGAUUAACAUGCUGCUGAACUUCACCGUGGGCGAGGACUGUCCGUGUCCCGCAGACAUUCAGGACGAGCUGUACGACUUCCACGGCGAGCUGCGGCUGCACUGCGGGAUUCCAGUGGAGGAGGAUGAGGAGGAUCAGGACUCGUCUAUUAAAGCUCGUCUGCUCGCUCUCGUCUACAAGAUCAAAGGUCAACCGCAGAGAUCUGAGCGUGAGCCCACAGAGAAAGAACAGAGCGCUCCCUCGAAUCUGAAGGAGCUGAUCUCUCAGACGAUGGUGAGCUGGGCUCAGGAGACGCACAUCCAGGACCCGGAGCUGGUGCGGCUGAUGUUCAGUCUGCUGAGACGGCAGUACGACAGCAUCGGAGAGCUGCUCCGAGCCACGAGGAAGACCUACACCAUCAGCGCCGUCUCCGUCCACGACACCAUCCACCUGCUGGCGUCUCUGGGCCAGAUCCGCUCGCUGCUCAGCGUCCGCAUGGGGAAGGAGGAGGAGCAGCUGAUGAUCCACGGCCUCGGGGACAUCAUGAAUAAUAAGGUCUUCUACCAGCAUCCUAACCUGAUGCGUGUUCUGGGGAUGCACGAGACCGUGAUGGAGGUGAUGGUGAACGUCUUGGGAGGAGGAAAGUCUCAGGAAAUCGCCUUCCCUAAGAUGGUGGCGAGCUGCUGCCGCUUCCUGUGCUACUUCUGUCGCAUCAGCCGUCAGAACCAGAAGGCCAUGUUUGAUCACCUGAGCUACCUGCUGGAGAACAGCAGCGUGGGACUGGCAUCUCCGUCCAUGAGAGGAUCCACUCCUUUAGACGUGGCGGCUUCAUCGGUGAUGGACAACAAUGGUCUGGCGCUGGCGCUCGAGGAGCCCGACCUGGACAAGGUCGUGACGUAUCUGGCCGGCUGCGGUCUGCAGAGCUGUCCGAUGCUCCUGGCCAAGGGAUAUCCAGACAUCGGCUGGAACCCUAUCGAGGGCGAGCGUUACCUGUCCUUCCUGCGAUUCGCCGUGUUUGUCAACGGGGCGGCUCCUGGCGGCGACGGCCUCUGGGUGCGGGACGAUCAGGAUGGAGACGGUGAAACUCAGUCAAUAGAGUGGGAUCCUGUACGUCAUCCCGGGCCACCCAAGAUCUCUCGUCAGCGCGCUGAAGGUGGAUGUGAGCUGAGUCCCACACUCUCUCGCUUGCUUGGAACCAGUGGUCCUCAGCUGGAACCUCAUUGGAAGGGAGUCAGUCCGGUGGUGUCCAGGCGAAGAGAGUUCUGGGCGUACUCGGCCCAAGGGAGGAAGCGGCUCCAGCUGUGCUGGUCGUCAUGGCAGUAUGACCGGAGGCAUUCGGCAGUUUCUAAGGCCGUGGGGAGUCCCUUGAGGGGAAUGAACUUGCACGCCUUUGAGAAGCGAUCUACUGCAACCAGGACACAGGUGUUGCCGUCAGAGAUCUGUCACAAAGUCAAUUCCAAGAUGGGACCAGGGCCGACGAGGGAUGGGCAGCGGCACGAGCUUGCCUACCGGGAGGUCUUUAACCGUCUGAAGGAUGGGCCAUUCCCGUAUGGCCUUAACUUUCCACUGGUCCAUCUGGAUGUUAUCUUGGCCGAUGAUGUACCCGAGGAACUGCACCGUGGAGCAAUGGAACUCACAUUUCUCCAGCUUAAGGUAGAGGUGGUGUUGUCGGAGCCGUUGAAGGACCUGCUUAACAUGGUGGCGAUGUUCGGCCAGAUUCCGGGAGUAGAUGAGGAUGUCGUCGAUCUUAAGGUAGAGGUGGUGGUGUCGGAGCCGUUGAAGGACCUGCUUAACAUGGUGGCGAUGUUCGGCCAGAUUCCGGGAGUAGAUGAGGAUGUCGUCGAUGUACACUAUGACAAAGCGAUGGAGGAUCUCCCCUCCACGGAGUUCCCCCAGGGCGGCCGGGACCAGGGGAAGGGAAUAUGGGAGCUUCACUGUCUGGGAAUUCAGAGCACGAUAGUCAAUACAAGGCCUCAAGCCCCCGUCCUUCUUGCCCACGAAGAAGAAGCUGGCGGCAGCUGGGCGUGGGGGUUUGAUGGGACAGUUCUGGAUAAAGUGAUCAGCUGCAGCACAGUAGAGGCAGAGUCCGGCCGUGAUGCGGCGUGUGCGUUCCACGCGACUUGGGCCCACAACAAAGCCUUGCCGGUAAGCAGAGAAAUGAGAAAGGCUACCUUGGAGCGUUCGGUGGAGAAUUUUUGCGGUUGCAUCUCGAUGAAGAGAGCCACUUGUAGCAGGAUGCCGCCACACUCAGCCGCGUCACCUGCGAAGCAAGCAGGCAAGGCCAUGGGACUCACAGAGGCAGCGGGCGAAGCGGUGACGGGUGUGAGUGAAGUCCGGAGGGCAGUGACUAGCUCCUUCAGGACAUCAGCGGGUGCUGGGUGCCGGGAAUCCAUGGAGGUAAAUGUUGUUGGUCUGGUCUUCUGUCACAACACAGGCCGGAGACAAGAGGUAAGUGAACACACAGCUGAGAACGCUGAUGCUGGGUCUUUAGCAGGCUUGUCUGGUGAUGGCUGGAACAGAGGAGGACAGGAUCGAAGGAACGCUGGAGUAUCUGGAGGUAAGCACAUGCAGGUGCGGGUGAUUAGUAAUCGGGUGAUUGUGAUCUGCUCCACUGAGGGCGAGGAGGAAGAGGAAGUGGUUCACAUGGGAAACGCCAUCCUGUCCUUCUACUCGGCUCUGAUCGAUCUGCUGGGCCGCUGCGCUCCCGAGAUGCACCUGAUCAAUAAGGGUAAAGGUGAAGCUCUGAGGAUUCGUGCCAUCCUUCGCUCUCUCGUUCCCACGGAGGAUCUGGUCGGCAUCAUCAGCAUCCCUCUCAAGAUGCCCGUCGUCAAUAAAGACGGCAGCGUGUUUGAGCCUGACAUGUCAGCCACUUUCUGCCCGGACCACAAGGCCCCCAUGGUGCUGUUCCUGGAGCGCGUGUACGGCAUCGAGGACCAGAGCUUCCUGCUGCAUCUGUUAGAGGUGGGCUUCCUGCCGGACCUGAGAGCCGCCGCCUCGCUGGACACGGAGGCUUUGCGCACCACAGAAACGGCUCUGGCUAUGAACAGGUACAUCGGUUCGGCGGUGCUGCCUCUGCUGACCCGCUGCGCUCCUCACUUCUCCGGCACAGAGCAUCACGCCGCGCUCAUCGACUCCACGCUCUACACCGUCUACCGCCUGUCCAAGGGCUGUUCGCUCACCAAAGCCCAGCGCGACGCCAUUGAGGAGUGUCUGCUGGCCAUCUGCAAGUGUUGUGUUCGUUCCCAGGAGGCUUUGCGCACCACAGAAACGGCUCUGGCUAUGAACAGGUACAUCGGUUCGGCGGUGCUGCCUCUGCUGACCCGCUGCGCUCCUCACUUCUCCGGCACAGAGCAUCACGCCGCGCUCAUCGACUCCACGCUCUACACCGUCUACCGCCUGUCCAAGGGCUGUUCGCUCACCAAAGCCCAGCGCGACGCCAUUGAGGAGUGUCUGCUGGCCAUCUGCAAGCUCAUUUCAAAUGGCGUUGGGCUUUACUGGGACAAUCCGACUGCAGCUCUUCUCUCUUACGUUCCCUUCCUUCUCUUGCCCGAAACUCUUGGUGUGAAAGCCAUAAGAAAACGUGCCAGGGCUUGCCACACAUUCAGCGGACACCUCCGCCACCAACAAAGCAGCAGACGCGAGCUUCACACCGCCCUGCAAUUAAACAGUCAGGAGAAGCCAAAGCGGCCUGAGGCUUUGCGCACCACAGAAACGGCUCUGGCUAUGAACAGGUACAUCGGUUCGGCGGUGCUGCCUCUGCUGACCCGCUGCGCUCCUCACUUCUCCGGCACAGAGCAUCACGCCGCGCUCAUCGACUCCACGCUCUACACCGUCUACCGCCUGUCCAAGGGCUGUUCGCUCACCAAAGCCCAGCGCGACGCCAUCGAGGAGUGUCUGCUGGCCAUCUGCAACUGCUGCGAGCUUAUACUGUUGACGAAUCAUUACGAGCAGAACUGGAAGUAUUACUGUCUGCCGGCUGGAUGGGGGAGUUACGGUCAGGCGUCUGAGGAGGAGCUGCUGCUCACCAAGAAGAUCUUCUGGGGAAUCUUUGACUCUCUGUCUCAGAAGAAGUACGAGCAGGAUCUGUUUAAGAUGGCCAUGCCGUGUCUGAGUGCCAUCUCUGGAGCUCUACCGCCGGAUUACAUCGACUUCACACUCAGCACCACGCUGGAGAAGCAGGUGUCUGUCGACACGCAGGGAAACUUCGACCCCAGACCCAUAAACACAGCCACCAUCUGCCUGCCGGAGAAGCUGGAGUACAUCGCAAACAAAUACGCUGAACAUUCCCAUGAGAAAUGGGCUGCUGAGAAGGUGCUUCUGGGCUGGAAACACGGAGAAAACAUCGACGAGAAAGCAAAAACUCACCCAAUGCUGAGAUCCUACAAGUCCCUGAUGGAGAAGGAGAAGGAGAUGUAUCGCUGGACGGUGCGCGAGUCCUUGAAGAGCAUGUUAGCGAUGGGCUGGAGCAUCGACCGCACCAGAGAAGGAGAGAGCCUGUUUCAGCAGAGAGAGAUGGAGAAGAUGCGCAGCGUCUCACAGGCCUCUCAGGGGAACGGCUUUAAUCCAAACCCGCUGGACAUGAGCAGCGUCCUUCUGUCCAGAGAACUGCAGUCGAUGGUUGAGGUCGUGGCUGAAAACUAUCACAACAUCUGGGCCAAGAAGAAAAAGAGUGAUCUGUGCAGCAGAGCCGCAGGAGGAGCUCAUCCGCUGCUGGUGCCCUACGACACGCUCACGGCCAAAGAGAAGACUAAAGACCGAGAGCGAGCGCAGGAUCUCUUCCGCUUCCUGCAGAUCAACGGAUACGCCAUCAGCAGGGGUCUGAAGGACAUGGAGCAGGACUCGUCCUCGAUGGAGAAACGCUUCGCCUUCCGCUUCCUGAAGAAGCUGCUGAAGUACGUGGACUCGGCGCAGGAGUUCAUCGCUCACCUUGAGGCGAUGGCGACCAGCGGAAAGAGUGACAGAUCGCCACAUGAACAGGAAAUCAAGUUCUUUGCUAAGGUGCUCCUCCCCCUCAUAGACCAGUACUUUAAAAACCACUCGCUCUACUUCCUGUCGUCGCCCACUAAGAAUCUGAGCAGCAGCGGAUACGCGUCGAACAAAGAGAAGGAGAUGGUCACCAGUCUGUUCUGUAAGCUGGCCACUCUGGUUAGACACAGGAUCUCUCUGUUUGGAAGUGACUCCACCACUAUAGUUAGCUGUCUGCAUAUCCUCGCACACACGCUGGACACCAGGACUGUGAUGAAAUCCGGAUCGGAGCUGGUCAAAGCCGGUCUGAGGACGUUCUUUGAGAGCGCGGCUGAAGAUCUGGAGAAGACCCUGGAGAACCUGAAGCUGGGGAAGUUCACGCACUCACGCAGUCAGAUGAAGGGCGUCUCGCAGAACAUCAACUACACCACAGUGGCUCUGCUGCCCAUCCUCACCGCUCUGUUCGAGCAUAUCACUGAACACCAGUUCGGCUCGGACCUGCUGCUGGAUGAUGUGCAGGUGUCGUGUUAUCGGAUCCUGACCAGUUUAUACUCGCUGGGGACGGGGAAGAACAUAUAUGUGGAGAGGCUUAUUACUGAAUACCAGAUCUAUUUGAGUACUGGAUGUGGAGUCGUAGGGCUGCCGGAGUCGGUGGAGGACGUGUGUCCUGAGAUGCCUCGUCUGGACGGUCUGAUGAAGGACAUUAACGACAUGUCAGAGUCCGGCGCUCGUUACACAGAGAUGCCGCACGUCAUCGAGGUGGUGCUGCCCAUGCUGUGUAAUUAUCUGUCCUACUGGUGGGAGAGAGGCCCGGAGAACCGGCCCGCAUCCGUCUGCUGCAGCACCGUCACCUCGGAACACCUCAGCCUCAUCCUCGGCAACAUCCUCAAGAUCCUCAACAGCAACCUGGGCAUCGACGAGGCCUCCUGGAUGAAGCGCAUCGCAGCAGCGGCAGUCAGAUUCAGAUCAGCUUCAUUACAGUCACAGCUGAUUCAGUUCCACUCGAUCUGCUCUGGCACAGAUAUACGCUUACGCUGUUCGUUUCAGCAGGAUUUUCUGAAAGUCUCAGCUGGAGGUCAGGAUCAGGAGCGGAAGCAUAAGAAGCGUCGCGGAGACUUUUACUCCAUCCAGACGUCUCUGAUCGUGGCGGCGCUGAAGAAGAUGCUGCCCAUCGGUCUGAACAUGUGCACGCCAGGAGACCAGGAGCUCAUCCUGCUGGCCAAGAUGCGAUACGGCCUGCUCCUCCUGUUUCCCAGGCUGCUCCCUGCUAACCGUGUCUGCUCUCUCCGUCUCAGGCAUCGCUCUAUUAACCUGUUCCUCACGGGCUACCAGCGGCUCUGGAUCGAGGCAGAGAUGUACUCGUUUGAGGAGAAGCUAGUGCAGGAUCUGGCUAAGACUCAGCCGAAGACUGAUGAAGAGGAGGAGGAGAUCACAGACACUCAGCCGGACCCUCUUCAUCAACUCAUCCUGCACUUCAGUCACAACGCACUGACAGAACGCAGCUCUCUAGAGGAGGAUCAGCUGUACAUCGCAUACGCAGACAUGAUGGCAAAGAGCUGUGCUGAAAAUGAGGAAGAGGAUGAGGAAGGAAAAGAGAAAACAUUUGAGGAGAAAGAGAUGGAGAAGCAGAAGACUCUGUACCAACAGGCCCGACUCCAUGACAGAGGAGCAGCAGAGAUGGUCUUACAGAUGAUCAGCGCUAGUAAAGGUCAUUUGGGUCCGAUGGUCACGUUCACGCUGAAGCUCGGCAUCUCCAUUCUCAACGGCGGAAACAUCACAGUCCAGCAGAAAAUGCUGGACUAUCUGAAGGAGAAGCGAGAUGUGGGUUUCUUCAAGAGUCUGUCAGGACUGAUGCAGUCGUGCAGUGUUUUGGAUCUGAACGCGUUCGAGCGUCAGAAUAAGGCCGAGGGUUUGGGGAUGGUGACUGAGGAAGGCUCCAUCAACGUGAGGGAGCGCGGCUCUAAAGUUCUUCAGAAUGACGAGUUCACCAAAGAUCUGUUCAGGUUCCUGCAGCUCCUGUGUGAGGGACACAAUAACGACUUCCAGAACUUUCUCCGGACGCAGACCGGAAACACGACCACAGUCAAUAUAAUCAUCAGCACCGUGGACUAUCUGCUCAGACUGCAGGAGUCGAUCAGUGACUUUUACUGGUAUUACUCUGGUAAAGACGUGAUGGACGAGGCGGGUCAGCGGAAUUUCUCCAAAGCUCUCGCUGUAGCCAAACAGAUCUUCAACUCGCUCACUGAAUACAUACAGGGUCCGUGUAUCGGGAACCAGCAGAGUUUGGCUCACAGCAGACUUUGGGACGCCGUCGUCGGAUUUCUGCACGUCUUCGCCAACAUGCAGAUGAAGCUGUCACAGGACUCCAGUCAGAUCGAGCUGCUGAAGGAGCUGAUGGAUCUGCAGAAGGACAUGAUAGUCAUGAUGCUGUCACUGCUGGAAGGAAACGUGGUGAACGGGACCAUCGGCAAGCAGAUGGUGGACACUCUGGUGGAGUCCUCCAGCAACGUGGAGAUGAUUCUCAAGUUCUUCGACAUGUUCCUCAAGCUGAAAGAUCUGACGACCUCGGAGAACUUCAAGGAGCACGACCCCGACCGUAAAGGCGUGAUCUCCAAGAAGGAGUUCCAGAAGUCCAUGGAGAACCAGAAGCAGUACUCUCAGUCCGAGAUCGAGUUCCUGCUGUCCUGCGCCGAGGCCGACGAGAACGACAUGUUCAACUACGAAGAGUUCGUCAAGCGCUUCCACGAACCCGCCAAGGACAUCGGCUUCAAUGUGGCGGUUCUGCUCACCAAUCUGUCGGAGCACAUGCCUCACGAUUCCCGACUGUCCACCUUCCUGAACCUGGCUGAGAGCGUUGUGAACUACUUCGAGCCCUACCUGGGCCGCAUCGAGAUCAUGGGCGGCGGCAAGAGAAUUGAGAGGGUUUACUUCGAGAUCAGCGAGUCCAGUCGAACGCAGUGGGAGAAACCGCAGGAAAAGAGUUUGGCUCACAGCAGACUUUGGGACGCCGUCGUCGGAUUUCUGCACGUCUUCGCCAACAUGCAGAUGAAGCUGUCACAGGACUCCAGUCAGAUCGAGCUGCUGAAGGAGCUGAUGGAUCUGCAGAAGGACAUGAUAGUCAUGAUGCUGUCACUGCUGGAAGGAAACGUGGUGAACGGGACCAUCGGCAAGCAGAUGGUGGACACUCUGGUGGAGUCCUCCAGCAACGUGGAGAUGAUUCUCAAGUUCUUCGACAUGUUCCUCAAGCUGAAAGAUCUGACGACCUCGGAGAACUUCAAGGAGCACGACCCCGACCGUAAAGGCGUGAUCUCCAAGAAGGAGUUCCAGAAGUCCAUGGAGAACCAGAAGCAGUACUCUCAGUCCGAGAUCGAGUUCCUGCUGUCCUGCGCCGAGGCCGACGAGAACGACAUGUUCAACUACGAAGAGUUCGUCAAGCGCUUCCACGAACCCGCCAAGGACAUCGGCUUCAAUGUGGCGGUUCUGCUCACCAAUCUGUCGGAGCACAUGCCUCACGAUUCCCGACUGUCCACCUUCCUGAACCUGGCUGAGAGCGUUGUGAACUACUUCGAGCCCUACCUGGGCCGCAUCGAGAUCAUGGGCGGCGGCAAGAGAAUUGAGAGGGUUUACUUCGAGAUCAGCGAGUCCAGUCGAACGCAGUGGGAGAAACCGCAGGUCAAAGAGUCCAAGCGGCAGUUUAUCUUCGAUGUCGUAAACAAGGGUGGAGAAUCCGAGAAGAUGGAGCUGUUCGUGAACUUCUGCGAGGACACCAUCUUCGAGAUGCAGCUGGCGUCUCUGAUCUCCGAGCCGGACGCUGCUGAGAGACAAGAGGAGGAUGAUGAUGAAGAUGAUGCUCGGAGCGUGGAUCUAGACGAGGACGAUGAAGAUAGCGCACAGGAGUCUUCCUCAGCGUUCGCUCUGGCCUGCGUCUCCAUGAGGAAGAGUCUCUCCAACCUGCGGCAGCUGCUGACCUUCAGGAGCAUGAGGAGACAGUACCGCAAGCUGAGGAAGAUGAGCAUCCGGGAGAUGAUCCGAGGAUUCUUCUUCUUCUUCUGGAUGAUCUUCACUGGCAUGUUCCGCUUCCUCUACAGCCUCGUCUGGGGCUUCUUCCACAUCCUGUGGUCCACGCUGUUCGGCGGCGGUCUCGUGGAAGGAGCCAAGAACAUGAAGGUGACGGACAUUCUGGGGAACAUGCCGGAUCCCACGCAGUUCGGGAUCCACGGAGACGUUCUGGAGCUGGAGAAGCUGGAGUACUGCGACGUGUCGUCGGUGGCGGAGCUCGGGCGCAUGGCGGCGGGAGAUCAGGCGGAGAUGGACCUGAUGACGGAGCUGAUGUACAUGCAGCCCAGGAGGGAAGGAGGCAAGCAUGGCAUGGAGCCGGGGCUGGGAGACGUGUCCGAGGUGAUCGGAGUGGACGCUCCGUCUUUAGCCAGCGCCGUCCAUCAGAAGAAAGCUCAGGACGGAGAGAAGAAAGACCAGGACAAGGGCAAAGAGGAGAGCAUGUCAGACGAGAAGAAGCCGCUGAAGAAGAGACGCGGUCAGAGGAAGGAGCAGGCCGAGGCCUUCAUGGCGGCGUUUUUAGCCGGUCUGGACGUCCAUCAGACCAAAACCCUGAAUUAUCUGGCCAGAAACUUCUACAACCUGCGAUUCCUGGCUCUGUUUGUGGCGUUCGCCAUCAACUUCAUCCUGCUCUUCUACAAGGUGACCGGUGAGGAUUCAGAUGAUCUGGACCCGUGGACGCGGCGAGAGGAAGAGGAGGAGGAUGAAGGUGUGCUGGAGUAUUUUGUUCUUCAGGAGAGCACGGGUUACAUGGCUCCGACCCUGCGCUUCCUCGCCGUCAUGCACACCGUCAUCUCCUUCCUCUGUGUGCUGGGAUAUUACUAUCUGAAGGUGCCGCUGGUGGUGUUCAAGCGUGAGAAGGAGAUCGCGCGCAAGCUGGAGUUCGACGGGCUCUACAUCACCGAGCAGCCGUCUGAUGAUGAUAUUAAAGGCCAGUGGGACAGACUCGUCAUCAACACGCCGUCUUUUCCAAACAACUACUGGGACAAAUUUGUCAAACGGAAGGUUAUUAAUAAGUACGGAGAUCUAUACGGAGCCGAGCGGAUCGCGGAGCUGCUGGGUUUGGAUAAAAGUGCUUUAGACUUCAAUCCCACCGAAGAGACGGUCAUUAAAGACGCCUCGCUGCUGUCCUGGUUGAGCUCCAUUGACACCAAGUAUCACGUGUGGAAGAUGGGCGUCGUGUUCACUGAUAACUCGUUCCUGUAUCUGGUCUGGUACACCACCAUGUCCAUUCUGGGACAUUAUAAUAAUUUCUUCUUCGCCGCUCAUCUGCUGGACAUCGCCAUGGGCUUCAAAACACUGAGGACCAUCCUGUCCUCCGUCACACACAACGGCAAACAGCUGGUGCUGACAGUCGGGCUGCUCGCUGUGGUGGUGUAUCUCUACACCGUCGUAGCGUUCAACUUCUUCCGCAAGUUCUACAACAAGAGCGCAGACGAGGAUGAGCCCGAUAUGAAGUGUGAUGACAUGAUGACGUGUUAUCUGUUCCACAUGUACGUGGGUGUCCGAGCUGGCGGCGGGAUCGGUGACGAGAUCGAGGACCCUGCGGGCGACCCGUACGAGCUCUACCGGAUCCUGUUCGACAUCACCUUCUUCUUCUUCGUCAUUGUGAUCCUGCUGGCCAUCAUACAAGGUCUGAUCAUCGAUGCGUUUGGAGAGCUGAGAGACCAGCAGGAGCAGGUCAAAGAGGACAUGGAGACCAAAUGCUUCAUCUGUGGAAUCGGGAACGACUAUUUCGACACGACGCCACACGGCUUUGAGACUCACACGUUACAAGAGCACAACCUCGCCAACUACCUAUUUUUCUUGAUGUACCUGAUCAACAAGGAUGAAACCGAGCACACUGGUCAGGUGCGUUCUGAGAAGAUGAUCAUAUAUUAUUUCCCUCAACAAAAGACAGAACAGCUCGACACGUUGCCUUCUUUGAGCCCAGAACCAUUGCACAAGGUUUUUUCGUGUUUCUUGAGAAACUCUGGGGUGAUGCACAAGCGUUUGGACAGCAUGAUGCCAAAAGCACGCGUGUUUGUGCGUGUGUUCACACUCCCUCGGAUCCCCUGCCUGCUUGCCCGUAGAGAACUCAAACCUUCGUCAAGUGCCUUACCUCCAUCACAUCUGAGCUAUGCAACAGCUGCGUUCCCUCCCGAUGUCGUGGAGGUCUGUCCGUGUUCAGUCUCCUGGUUUCAGAUGGAAAUGCUCUCGUUUGGCCGUUCCUCUGCUGUGUUCAGUGAUGCUCCAUCACGCUAUGACAACACGAUCAUCAUCAUCGACACAGAGCAGAGGCUUGAGGACAGACAGACAGAUGUGCCCAACAGAAACAUGAAGGACUGGUACAGGAGGUGGCUCAAGAAAAAGCACAUUAAGCUCAUGGAGGGGCCGAGCCGGUCUCCAGACCUCAAUCCUGUAGAAAAUCUGUGGAGGGAGCUGAAGCUUUGA